AUGUCGGAUCACAGCGCCAAACGCCAACGCCUGGACUCGAUCGGAAGAUUCUCACCCGCCAGCCCGCCCUUUGACGUCGCUGCCAAGGCGAGCGGCCAGACGACAAAGACGCUCCCCCAUCCGCGCACGCCCACUUCACCACCCUGCUCCUCGAUGAAUUCGCAAUCCAAUGGAGGCUUUUCCACGACAAACACCACGACGUCGUCGGACCGCUCCCCGCAAUCCUCAGUCCCCAUGGCCCACUCGCUCUCCCAGUCGGCCGCAUCGGCAUCCAGCCUGCACCCCUUUCCCACCCCGGCCAGCACUACCGGCUUCCUGUCCAGCGCCAAUGUCGAUAGCGACGGCGAUGCGACGAUGGAAGAGGGUGCAGACGAUGACACUCUUCGCUCGCGCUGCCACAGGCUGUCCAACCACAACCGGCAAGCCCAGUCACCCUACACGCCUGACGGCCGACUCAAGGCCGCCCAAGGAAUCAGCGGCCCCCAAUUAUUCAAACUCGACACAGACCGGAUCGAAAAGUCGAGGCCGCACGCCUCGCAAAAUCUGAUUCGUCUGUACAGGCUCGAGCCGCUCGCCAGCUCCGUAGCCCGUAAUGACCCGGUAACAGGCGAGAAGAUUAACAAGCUUCGAAAGUCCUACGAGGGCCAUAUCAAGCAAAUGCAGAUUGCCGGCAAGCCAAAAGCAACAAAAAUGGAUGGCGUCUUUCGCGAUCUGUUGAUGCUACCAGAAGAGAUUUGGUUGCCCAACCACGUUCAGAACCGAGAGGCCGACAAAACCGCCCUGACGCCAGACGGCACAGCUCUCACCCCGGAUUUCAGCCAACUGCUCGAUGGCGCAUUCGCAGGCAUGGGUCCUGGACCUCUGCCCAACGCAGAUGCUGCCAAGUACAAGGCAUAUCUGGGUACUGACGACACAGUCAAGCCAAAACCACAGGAUGCACCACCACAGCGAACGACGCCAUAUACAUCGUCUGCGCCAACACCCAAUAAUCACAUUAAUAGGGGUCUAGUCAGACCAGAACGAUCAGGCUCGAAGCGUGCAUAUACCGAUGCUGCAUUCCAAGGUUACGGCGAAGGCUUUGGAGACGACUAUGCAGACUCGACCGGAGGCGAAGACACACCAGGAGGGAGCCUGGCGAACAAGAGGCGGAAGCUGCAAUUCGAGCGAACGUCGCAUUCGGUAGAAGUAGGCGGUGCACGACGAUAG